AUGGACAGGUGUCCAGUCUAUGGCUUCGUCACGAAAUAUGCUCCCAGCCGGGUUCGCCAGCAGCUCCAUGAGUUGCAGGCUGCGCUCCUAGAAGAGCCAGAAGUCGUAAGCCUGGCGGAGCAGCUGCGGAGCCAGGCCGUUCUACUCUGCGUGGAGGAGGCCAGUUCCUCCGAGACGCUGAGGCCCCUGACUCCGCCGCGGCACCUGUCCAUGGACUCGGGCCGCGUUCACGUGGCUCACGGUUUGUUUCGGGUGGGGCCGGGGGCGCGCCGCUUUCUGCGGCGCUGCUGCCUGCUGAGCCUUGCCACCGCGGGGCUGGCGGCGGCCGCUGGCGCAGGGGUGACAUUCGCCACGUCUUCCUUGUUUCACAGCUAG